AUGACUUUCCGACAAUCUACUCUUAGUUUUAUAACUUUACGGUCAUUAAGACAUCAUCACCCUUCCAUUUCAUUACCUACCAAACGAAGCUUCCACGCAUCGAAUCCGAACCGAAUUAUCGAUAGCUCUGUUCUUAUUGCUCAUGAUAUUAUACAAGGAUUUCACUCUGCCACUGUCUGGUCGCUAUUAAAGGCUCAGCAAUUGCAAAAGCUUAACCCGCUUCUCAUUACCUGGAGCAGAGUCUUUCAGAAGAAAGCAAUGGAUAAAUCAGUCAUAGAAGGCAAGCACCUUUCUCCAAUAGCAGUAGAAGCUGUCUGGCAACGCGAUCUACGGAUAAAGAAGAAGGAGCUAUAUAAGAGAUGGAAAAUUCGUCCCUGGGCAAGCUAUGCCAGUUUCUUACAACUUCCUGUAUGGCUUGCUAUGAUGGAGAGCUUGCGGCGAAUGGUCGGAAUGUCAGGAGGACUCCUUUCUAUCAUUCAGUCGUGGAUCGAAUCUAAAGUAGACGGUGCACCAAUUAUCCAGAUCGAACCAUCUAUGGCAAUGGAAGGUGCUCUUUGGUUCCCCGACCUUCUUGCGGCCGAUCCCACACAUGCUCUUCCCAUUAUCCUUGCAGCCACCAUGUUCACCAACGUCACCUGGGGUUGGAAGGUUAAGUCUGCUGCUGAGAUCUCGAUGAUGCGGCGAGGCGAAGCUAUUCGAGAAAGGGCGCUCAAGCUUUUAAAGCGAAUUUUACAGGGACUGUCGAUAUGGCUGGCACCAGUUAUGAUAUCCUCUGGAGCACCGGCUGGCUUGUUAAUUUACUGGAUCUCAAGCUCCACUUUCGCGACUGCGCAGACUCAAAUAGUUCGCAGAUUUAUGCGGACUAAGGCACCACCAGCACCUUGUCGUGAAAAAAGCGUUGGGAGCAUCCAUAAUAAGGCAACCACAAUGUCAAAAUGA